CCUGCGCGUUGCGGUGGUGGGAGGGGUGGAAGUUGAGCUGAGCGAGUCCAGCAGUGACCUACCGUACCGUAGCUGACGAGAGUGACGCGCCACGCCGGUGCCUGUCUUUGUUGUUGUGCAAAAUUUGGACUUUGACUCAAUGAGACACCGAGUUCGCGGCGGGAGCCGUGGAGGAAUAAUCCCUCCAAGAAUCCAGCAGUCAGAACCAAUGGGGAUGAUAAGUAGUGUCAUGAGAAGUGGCGAUGUCCCAGGUCCUGUUGCUGCGCCAGCUGCGAGUCCCGCGCUCGAGGAUCCGAAACCAUCAUGUAGCAAAGCAGAGCCAUGCAAGGUUUGCUACUUUGAUCGGCUCUCUGAUACCCUUGCUGUCUGCAUCUUCAAGAACUUGGGAAUGGAAGUAAUUGCCUUCUUGCUUCCUCAAGUGUGCAAACGAUGGUCAACUCUGGCCUCAGCAGAAGACCUUUGGAAAGACUGCCACCUGUUCUACGACCCAUACAUGUCGGAGUCAAAGAAGCGGAAUUUCUUCCAUUUCUUAAAUAAGGCACCAAUUUUACAUGCUUUGACACUUGAACUCGAGUACAGAGAUGGACUAGAGUUUUUCCAUCAUUGGAAAACCGAGAAUCCACGAGAAAUAUCCACUUUGGAGUUUAUUUAUGAUAACAUGCCUCCCAAUGUUAUGUUUACAAUGCUGAAGAGAUACAAAGAUCUUGUAACAAAAUUAAUUAUCUCAGAUACACAUACGCCUUACAAUAUACCAGAUGUAAAGGAAGUUUGGAACCAUGUUCAAAAUUUAUCAAAGCUGAAGUACCUGAUAAUUGAUGGAGCUGGAUUAUUGGAACACAAGGCCAAAUUUCUUAAGGAUGCACCGUGCUGGAAGUCUCUACAAGUUCUCGAUGUGAAAGACUGUUCCUAUGAAGAUAUGAAUACAGUUCAGAAAAUUCUUUCUCAACAUCACAACUGGACUGAAGUUUACCUUGGAUCUUGUCAUGCUAAAGAUUUUAGGGGAGAAGUCAAAGCCCUUUCCAAAUGUGUUAACUUAGAUACUAUUCAGAUUCCAUUCUGUAAAGAAUUUAAGCUGUUAGAAAGUUGUCGCAUGUUGGAUAGUUUGAUUAUUGAUUGCUUGGAAGAAACUGUCAAGGAAGUCAAAGGUAUUGUACUAGCUAUGAACAAAUCUACCUUGUAUUUUCCCAAAUUAUCAAAUCUGAAAAUGAUUGGAGUUGAAGGCGAUUACGUGACACUGCUUCUAUGUCUUGUUAAAAAACACCUAGAAAUUAGUCAUUUGAAUCUGGUUUCCUGCAAGAUGAAUCCCAUGGAGGUGUUGAAUGUAUUUAGUUGCACAGCAAAUCUAGAAAAACUCUACCUUCAUGAAAUGGACAACAUGACUGUGAUAACUAUUGCUCAUGAAAUAAUUGCUGGGAAGCUACCUAAACUCAGAGAAGUCUAUGUGCAUGAGUGCUACUGUGAUAAUAUUGAAUUUUGUGCAAAACGUGCACUUACCCAAAUUCAAGAACACUUCAGUCACUCUGUACAUGUUUUCACUGGAGGUGUGAGUUGUUCAUGUAAGCCUGUAGUAGCCGCCCCGAGCAAAGCUUCUCAGAAAAGGAAACGAGAUUAUCUGGACUGAAGUGUUGACUGUGUGGACUUUUUGUUUUGUGUAGGUUUCUAAUUCUUCUCAUCAUUUUUAUGAUGCAAGCAAAGUCAAGUUUUUUUUUUUUUUUAAAUUAUGUUGACAAAGCAGUCUUUUGUUAAGGCUUCAAAUCAUUUUACAUGCUUUGUUUUGAAACAGUAUUGUCUAUUUAUUGUAAUGGUUAAUCACUAAGUAGUGUUAUUUUUUUGUACUCUUCAAUUUUUGGACUAUACCCACAAGUGGUUGAUUAAAUAAUCAAAAAUAAUAA